ACAGGAUUGGACUGGAAAGAACUUUCUUAAUUCCCUCCUUGUGUCUUGGCCAAUCACACCAUCUUUACUCUAAGCUGAGGUUCUGAGCUGAGGUCCAACCAGAUUUGUGAAUGAAUGAGUGGGUGGGCCACAAUGUCAAUGUGGUGGGACUACUACAAAUCCCUCCCAACGAUGGAUUCCCACUGUCUGAGAGCUCACACUUCUUUGAACAAGGGAGCCCUCUGCUCCAAGACCAGGAAGUCUUACCCUUCACCAGCUAUCCCAGCAUGCAAUACCCCUCAGUGGAGCCCUCCCCACCAUACUACUCCAGUCAGAACUACUACCCCCAGUACAACGCCGAUGAGUGGUACUCACCCACAGGGAUGUAUGAACUGAGGAAAGGACCCCUAGAGGGCACUUAUAAUGCUGAAAUGGAAGAGGCGUCCACCAUAGUGCCUGUGGUGUGCAAUAGGACCCGGCACACAUCCCACACAGGCAGUGUCAAAGGGGAGGAGCUGUGUGUGGUGUGUGGGGACAAGGCAUCCGGGUAUCACUAUAAUGCUCUCACCUGUGAGGGGUGUAAAG